AUGCCAUACAAUACCACACCAAUACGGCCCCGGAAGGAGGUGACAGGCCAGGUUCAGCUGCCAUUAUCAAGAGUCAAGAAAAUCAUCGCAGUAGAUCCAGACAUCAACAUCUGCUCAAACAAUGCAGCCUUCGCUAUCACAAUGGCUACUGAGCUGUUCAUCCAGUACAUCGCAGAACAGGGCCAUAACAUGGCCAAAUUGGACAGGAAACCACGGAGGAACAUCCAGUAUAAGGAUCUUUCGGCUGCCGUCACCUACAAGGACAAUCUAGAGUUCCUAGACGACACCAUCCCCAAGACGGUGCCCUACAAGCAGAUCAAGCAGAAGGCCGCCGAGACCCGCGCGAAGCUCAGCGGCUCCAAGACCGCCGGCGACCAGCCGCAUGAGCCGGCGCAUACUAACGGCAAGAAGCAGAAAACGUUGUCGAACGGUCUCGGAGCGCACGAGGGGAUGAAGAAACCCCACAGCGCGGACCCGGCUGAUGAGUCGGCCGCUGGUGCUGGUGAGGACGAGGAUGUUCAGAUGACAGGCUAGGGAACUUUCUUGGAGGUAGAUGGAUCGCCAGUCUGGCCCUGUCCUGAGACUGGGAAGGACUAGGUCGGGACUUCUGGUGAGGGCAACGCUAAUUUGAUCUGCUGCCUAAAAUCAUUUACUUUUGAUGUGUGGGUACCGGGCCAAUUGAUAGUAUGCCCUCCCUAGCAAAUACAAAUUAACAGAAGCAGAUCCUGUCGGGCGGAUGCCUUCCCACC